GCUCGUCUACCUCCUGUCACCAUGCUGGCUUCCCGCAAACCUCUCGGAGCUGUGAAUGAGAACAUGUCCCCCAUGAAGAACCUGAGCCUGGUGGACAAAGAGAACACGCCGCCUUCUCUGAGCAACACCCGGGUCCUGGCCAGUAAGACGGCCCGCAAGAUCUUCCAGGAUGCCGAGAAUGAACCGGUAAAGCCUAAGGAGCAGAAGAACCCAAGUAUUCAAGACGAGCCCCUCCUGAGAGACAACCCCAACCGCUUUGUCAUUUUCCCAAUCCAGUAUCAUGAUAUCUGGCAGAUGUACAAGAAGGCAGAAGCCUCAUUCUGGACUGUAGAAGAGGUUGACCUCUCAAAAGAUCUUCUGCACUGGGAAUCUUUGAAGGAGGAUGAGAAGUGGUUUAUCUCACACGUGUUGGCUUUCUUUGCUGCCAGUGACGGAAUUGUAAAUGAGAACUUGGUCGAGCGUUUCAGUCAGGAAAUACAAGUCACAGAAGCGCGCUGUUUCUAUGGAUUUCAAAUUGCAAUGGAGAACAUUCAUUCGGAGAUGUACAGCCUUCUCAUUGACACAUAUGUUAAAGAUCCCAAAGAGAGGGACUUCUUGUUCAAUGCAAUUGAAACGCUGCCAUGUGUGAAGAGGAAGGCGGAAUGGGCACUCCGCUGGAUUAGUGAUAAAAAUGCAACCUAUGGUGAGCGUGUGGUUGCAUUUGCUGCUGUGGAGGGAAUCUUUUUCUCUGGAUCAUUUGCAGCCAUCUUCUGGCUGAAGAAGCGAGGGUUGAUGCCUGGUCUCACAUUCUCUAAUGAACUAAUCAGCAGAGAUGAGGGUUUGCACACAGAUUUUGCUUGUCUUAUGUUCAAACACCUUGUGCACAAGCCAUCAGAAGACCGUGUCCAGGAGCUGAUCAUUGAUGCAGUCAGAAUUGAGCAGGAAUUCUUGACUGAUGCACUGCCUGUGAAACUGAUCGGCAUGAACGGUGACCUGAUGAAGCAAUAUAUUGAGUUUGUAGCAGAUCGUCUCCUGUUGGAGCUGGGCUUUAGCAAGUUCUUCAGAGCAGAAAAUCCAUUUGACUUCAUGGAGAACAUUUCACUGGAAGGGAAGACCAAUUUCUUUGAGAAGAAAGUUGGUGAAUAUCAGAAGAUGGGGGUCAUGUCCAAGACAUCGGACCAUAAAUUCACUCUAGAUGCGGACUUCUAAAUGAACUAUUUAAAAAAAAAAUCUGUCUGCUGUGACUUGGUUACUUUCAGUAUGCAGGUUCUAGACUGUAAGGUGAAUGGAAACCUGUUACAGUGGAGAACUAUAAGCUACCGGCAUUAUCUCCAUCAGAUGUGGACGCUCAUCCCUUCUGACAGAUCAACUAUAGUGUCUGUUUUGGCACAUGCUAGUUUACAGUAGGAGCAUGAAACACUCAUGGGUACAAAAACUUGUACAGCUUGGGGGUAUUUUAAAGGGUGCUGUGUACUCUGCAGGGGAACUGCUGCUUGUUGGCAGCUUUUUUUUUUUGUAAAUUUUUUUAAUGUAUUUUUAAGUCAAACUGUGGCACUUUAAAUAAAAGUCUUUU